GGAACGCUGCCGCUGAGGCGAAGCGAUGCGUGCGUGGUGAGCUGGCCAGACGUGGCCUGGAGGGGCCUGAUGUGUUCGGGGAGCAGAGAGUGACUCAGCGUUCACAGCAUGGGAUUAUGAGAAUCUGAAGUCCUCCUGGUUAUUUUCAGGUCAACAAGGAAGGAGGCCUCAUCCCUGUGGAAGCAGGAACUAGAGUGCGUCCUGGAUGACAGCUGUUAGUGAGAAUACGGAGGCCCAAGAUGAGAAAGCCCAGACAUCUAGACCUUCGGAUUCCAGCUGCCUUACUACUGCUACUACCUCAGCUUCCCAGCCCUUAAAGUCUGAGUUGACUUCUGAGGAAUUGAUGGGGACGGGACAGAAGUUUGACACUCUGCCAUCAUACAUUUGGGAUGAUGAAGAUAAUGAUGAAAUAUUGGAGACCAGAGACCAUGAUGAGCUGAAGGAUGAAGCCCCCCACGACCAACCAUCCUGGGCCAAUAAAAUCGAGUACCUCCUGGCCCAGGUGGGCUUCUCUGUGGGGCUGACCACUGUCUGGCGCUUUCCUUAUCUAUGUUUUCACAACGGCGGUGGCAGUUUUCUCAUCAUCUACAUCCUCAUGCUGUUCUUGGUCGGGGUUCCUCUUCUAUUCCUGGAGAUGGCAGCCGGUCAGAGGAUGCGUCAGGGCAGCAUCGGCGUCUGGAAGGUCAUCAGCCCCUGGCUUGGUGGCGUGGGGUACACCAGCUUCAUGGUUUGCUGCAUCGUGGGCUUGUACUACAGUGUGCUCGUGGCCUGGAGCCUCUUCUAUUUAAUUCAGUCUUUCCAGUCUCCACUGCCGUGGGCACUGUGCCCCUCACUGAGGAACUCCAGUGAUUCUGAUCCUGAAUGUGCGCGGACAGCAUCCACCACGUAUUUUUGGUACCGGCACGUGUUGAAGGCCACGGAUGAAGUCGAAAUUGGUGGGCUACCAGUUACGCAUCUCAGUGUCUCUCUCUUUGUGACCUGGUUAAUUAUCUGUAUCUCCAUAAUCAAAGGACCCAAGUCCUCUGGAAAGAUGCUGUGUGUCUCAGUGUUCCUUUCCUACUUCAUCCUUUUCUGUCUCCUUAUCCGGAGUCUCAUGCUGGAAGGUGCAAAAUUUGGUCUCAACAGUUUGUUGGCUGCCCAGGCGCCGGCCCUGUACUCCGUGGAAGUGUGGCGCCGGACGGGGAACCAGCUCUUCUUAUCCAUGGGCCACGGCUUCGGCAGCUUCACCGCCAUCAGCUCCUACAUCCCUCGGUCCAACAACUGUGUCGUGGAUGCCUUUGCUGUGGCUCUGCUCAACCUGGCCGCCUCGCUGACUGCCAUGGUGUUCGUGUUUGCCGUGAUUGGCCACGUGGCCACGGAGAACAACGACAGAUGCUACCUGGGGAAUGCCGAGACAGUGAUGAAUCUGAUAGUUGCCGGGGUGCUGCCUCCUGAGGCCCGGCCCCCAGACAAUCUGUAUGAUGAGCCAAGCUCCAUCUACUCCAGAUGGUUCAGGAAUCUUCCUGAACAAGUGAAAAGCAUGAUCCUACCGCAGUUGUCCAAUUGCAAUUUAUCUGAACAAUUGAAGGAGGUUAUGGAGGGUCCCGGUGUGGCCAUCGUGGCAUUUACCGAUAUCAUCUCUGUGUUUCCUGGACCCACCUUCUGGGCCAUCAUCAUCUUCGUGUUGCUGGCGAACCUGGGGCUGAGCACCAUGAUCGGGAUCAUGCAGGGCAUCAUCACCCCUCUCCAGGACACCUUCACUUCCCUCAGGAGACACACAAAACUGCUUGCAGUGGGCAUCUGUGUGCCUAUGUUCCUGGGCAGCCUCAUUUUCGUGACGCCUUCUGGCAGCUACUACAUGAACCUGCUGGAUGAUUACUGGGCAUCUCUGCUCCUCUUCUUCAUUGUCAUCUUGGAGAACGUGGCCAUGGCCUGGAUCUAUGGAGCCAGGAGGUUCCUUGCAGACCUGAUUAUCAUGUUGGGCCGCCCCAUGUCCCCCAUCUUCCCCAUCUUUCGUUGGCUGUGGUCCUUUCUGUCUCCAUUUGUGCUGGUAGUCCUGUUUAUAAACACCCUGAUUCAUCUGUCUCUGAAGAGCAUCACCUACUUGGCCUGGGACUCGAGCAUUUCAAAUGAGGUGAUCCGAACUUACCCAUCAUGGGCUAAAGUCUUGCUCAUCAUCUUCAUUGUCAUAGCCAUCUUGCCUGUCCCUGCCUACUUCCUGUACACACUUGUUGAUGUGGCUUUUCCGGUCUCCAUGAUUCACAGUAAGGGCCCAGUUGUCCUUGAACCUGAAGCUAAAGGAACUCACUGAACCCCUGCCCACAGCUUCAGGUGAGGCAAAACCAAAAGAAGGUUAAUAAAUGGAUAAAUAACCAAGGAAAAAACCUCUUUGCUAUGUGAGUAAUUCAUCUUGGAAAUAAAUACUUGGUUUAUUUGGCAAAA